UUUUCUCUAAUGGAGCCCAUUGAGCUGCUUGUGGGAUCAAGUUUCAAGCAUUGUGAUUGGGUCUCACACAGACUCUCUUUUUGAAAGUUUAUUAAGGAGGGCUAUUACAGACAAUCCCUGCUGAAGAUGAGAGUUGGAAGCAAGGAAAGAAAGGAAGAGAGGAACCCAGAGAGAGAAAAAAUAAAGAUAGAUAGAUAGAAAGAAAGCUGAUGGAAAAAGCUGAAAGUUUAAAAGCAAGUUAAAAGAAAGCUGAGGAAACCGAAAGGAAGAAGAAAAAAAAAAAAGCAAAAACAAAAAAAAGACCCUUUUAUUUUCUUUCUUCUCUCUUCCUUCUCCUCUAUCUACCUAUGUCCUCCUCCUAGGCCUUGUGUACUUCUCUCUCUCUCUCUUCACCCCAAUGAAUGAUCUCUUCUCUAUCUCUUUCUCUUCUUCCUUCUUACUUUCUUAAUUCUAUCACCAACAUAGCCACAGACACAAACAUAGGCACUCCUUGCUUCUCUUAUUAGGCCUUAUUAUUAUCAACAUAUAUACCACAUCAUCAAAGCACUUGCCAUCAUAGAGUACCAUGUUAGCCAAUAACUUAUCUCCAUCGUCAGUUCCCACUUCUGAGCCUUUUCCCUGCACUGAAAAUGGCACUGCCACCAAUAAAAGGAAGAGAAGGCCCGCAGGAACACCAGAUCCAGAUGCAGAAGUGGUGUCCCUCUCGCCGAAGACGUUGUUGGAAUCGGAUCGUUAUGUGUGUGAGAUCUGCAACCAGGGAUUCCAGAGGGACCAGAACCUUCAGAUGCAUAGGAGGAGGCACAAGGUGCCAUGGAAGCUACUGAAGAGGGAGACACCAGUGGUGAGGAAGAGAGUGUUUGUGUGUCCUGAGCCAACUUGCUUGCACCAUGACCCAUGUCAUGCCUUGGGUGACCUUGUUGGAAUUAAGAAGCAUUUCAGGAGGAAGCACAGCAAUCAUAAGCAAUGGGUCUGUGAAAGAUGCUCCAAAGGCUAUGCAGUGCAGUCUGAUUACAAAGCACAUCUCAAAACGUGUGGCACCCGGGGCCACUCUUGUGAUUGUGGCCGCGUUUUCUCAAGGGUUGAGAGUUUCAUUGAGCACCAAGAUGCUUGCAACAUGGGGAGGCUCAGGCCUGAGUCUCAACCUCUUCAACCAUCUGCAUGCCUUUCUAGAACAGCCUCAAGCCCGAGUCCUUCAAGUGAAACCAAUUUCAGCACAGCUCCAUGGCCAACAAGGAUGAUAAUACCAAAGCCAUCAGAACCACCAACAAUCUUCAUGAAUAACCCUAUUACUGCUAUCACCACUGCUGAAACCUCAUCCAAGAGCAACAACAAACUACUCCACCCCAACUUGGAUCUUCAACUCUCCACCCCCACCACCACCAACAACACAUCAAAUGUUGCAAACCGUAUUGAUGCUGCAAUAUCACCUAAGAGGGAUCAUCAUCAUCAUCAUGAGAACCAUUCAACCCAUUUGCAACUCUCAAUUGGGUCAUCAGAUAUGAGUGAGAAGAACGAAUCAAACAGGAACUCAUCAGAGAAGAGCAGCAACAGCAACAUUAAUGAUCAGAAUAAUAAUAAUAAGCAGUCCAACAACAUGGCCUUGUUGAGGGUUCAAGAGCAAGCAAGGGAGCACUUGAGGAUAGCCAUGGCAGAGAAAGCAUAUGCUGAGGAAGCAAGGAAACAAGCAAAGAGACAGAUUGAGCUGGCGGAGCAAGAGUUCACAAACGCCAAGAGGAUAAGACAACAAGCACAAGCGGAACUCGACAAAGCCUACUCCUUGAAAGAACAUGCAAUGAAGCAAAUCAACUCCACCAUGCUCCAAAUCACUUGCCAUGGUUGCAAACAACAGUUCCAAGCUCGAAAUGCAGCAACCACCCCCGAUGAGAAUUCCUUGGUGUUGAGCUACGUGUCUUCUGCUAUUACCACGGAAGGAGGAGGAGAAGUAGAAAAUGAUAAUAAUGCAAAAGAUCAUGGCAAAGACAACAACUAACUCCACUACUUAGAGAGAGAUAAUCAUCAUCAUCACCGUCAUCAUCAUCUUUCUCUCUAAAGUUUAUAAUUCUGUAUUUUAUUUUCCUAUGUCCUCCUCUAUGGGUUAAUACUUACUAGUAAUACCCUUUUUUCCAUUUCAAGGCUAAUAUCUUUGUGCAUUGGUAUACCAAGUGAAGUGAAGGUGAGUGAUCGAUGUUGAUUAUAUGUAAGUGGGAUAUUAUAAUAGCGCUCGGGAUGGAGAAAUUAAAGAGUGUAAUUCUUCGUGUAUCUUGCAGUUUAUUGUUGUGCCAUGUAAUUUGUUAAUUAAAUUUGGUAUAAAUGCAGACUAUGAUAAAAGGGUUAAUUAA